AUGAAAAAGCCAUUAAAUAAGUGGAGAGACAAUGGGUUGGGAGAUUUAGCAUUUGGUCCGAACAUCUCUUUCCACAAAUCAGGGGUUACUUCUCUGAGCGCUAAUCCCAAUGAUUUCUCCGCACUAUAUGUAUAUCUCUUCUCCGAAAACAGUUUCAUAUCGUUUAAAACGCCUAUCUCAUCGAUGGUCAGUAAUAAAUAUUACGGAAUCGGCAAUGAAUUGAGAACCCCUGAACUAUGGGACACGAGUGGUUCAGAUGAAGACCCGUCGGGUCGGAUUCCCAAUGGACACCACGUGUUGGCCAACGUGUGUACUAAACCCAAGCUCUUGGAGUCCUAUGUCAUCCGCUUCGGUACACUUGGAGUAAACGAUCGCGAUAUCCAACCGCGGACUGCAAUACAUGACACGCGAAUACGUUAUGCCAUCGUUUAUUCCGAGGCCUCGAACGUCGCCCUCAUUGUCCACUUGGAAGCGUUCGGUGAACCACAGACCCCAGUCUCCAACCACGUGACAAUUGGUCAGUAUAUAACCGCUGCCGCCGAGACACACACCCGAACCCCACCCCCAAGCAAAUUGACCAUUUGGUCGCUUACCCGUUGUGUUAUAUCCGUUCACAUGAGUGAUGGCAAAGACCUGACCAUCGAUGAGAUCUAUAGAAAAUACAUCAAUUAUUUUGUUAAAAUAAUGCAUGUUACGAGUAAAUAUCCAAACGGCAAGUAUAUGGUUUCGUGGGGUUCGGGUGUGUGUCUCGGCGGCACCGGUUAUAUAGUGACCAAUUGUCACGUGGUUGGAGAGGCAGGGCAUUGGUUCGUCAACCGAUUCAAAGUGGACAACAACGGCGACGUCUGCGGCCUCGGCGUGAAAGACCCCAUAACUGGCGCUCAAGUUAUGUAUUGCAGUCCGCAGUUAGAUAUAGCGGUCAUCCAUUCCAAGUGUACCGUAACGGCCGAUACUGAGGUCCAAGACGUUGGGUUUAGUAUUAGCGAUGGCCAACACGUGGUGUCCAUUGGGAAUCCUACGCUCCCAUUUUGUCUAUCCGAUGGUGUAGUCAGUUGUACGGGUCGUGAGGGCCGUACUCUUUGUGUGGAUAAUUACGAGUAUCAUAUGGUUUACACCGACCCGACAGGUCUUCAUAUAACCCACACGUGUUCCACAUAUAAUGGUUUCUCUGGCGGUCCGUUGAUUAACAUGAGUGGACAGUUGGUUGGCAUACAUUACGGGUCAAUCGGACGUGGCACAUUUCGGGAGGCAUUUAGCAUCAAUACCGCAAGUGUCUGGGGUGUUUUAAACGAUAUGAAACUGUUUUCCGAGAAGAGACACACAUAUAGUGCGGAGAAAUCAUUGGGAUUAGCGCUCAGACCUAUGACCAGAGAGUUGUGGGCAACGCUUUUCGGAGCAGAUACUGAAUGCACUAUAAAUGAAGGGCUUUUAGUUUUAAGAAAAUUAACCACAAAUUCAGUGUCUAUUCCCACUGAUAUCAGAACUGGUGAUACUAUCGUUAGAGUGAACGACAAUCCGAUUAAUUCUGUGAAAGAAUUGAGAGAUUAUUGCAAUAAUUGUAAUCCCAAUGAAGUCCUCGAUAUAAGUUAUAGAAAACAUUGGAACAAACAAAUUGUGGCAAAUGUUCAACAAAUAAGACUAAAGUUUUUCAUCAGAUCCGCUCUCAUGAGUCAAAACAAAGAACUAACUUUCGAUGAUAUCUAUGAAAAAUACGUGAAUUAUUUUGUUAAAAUACAUAACACAACGGGUAAGCGACCAAAUGGUCAAUUUGCUUGGGGGUGGGGUUCGGGUGUGUGUCUCGGCGGCAGCGGUUAUAUACUGACCAAUUGUCACGUGGUUGGAGACUGGGGUCUGUGGUUCACCGAACGCUUCCAAGUGGACAAUGAGGGCGACGUUCGAGGCCUCGGAAUAAACGAUGGCAUAACGUAUUCGCGUGUCAUGUAUUGCAGUCCGCGGUUGGAUAUCGCGAUCGUUUACUCCAAGUGUACCGAAGCGGAUGACAUAGGACUCCAAGAGCUUGGGUUUAGUACACACGUUGGCCAACACGUGGUGUCCAUUGGGAAUCCUAUGCUAGAGUUUUGCCUAAUCGAUGGUGUCGUCAAUUGUGUGGGUCGUGAGGGCCGAACCCUUUGUGUGGACACUCACGAGUACUUUAUGGUGUUUACCGACCCGACGGGUCUUCAUCUGAACCACUCGUGUCCCAUAGUUCAGGGGUUCUCUGGCGGUCCGGUGCUUAACAUGAGUGGGCAGUUGGUUGGCAUCAAUUACGGUUCAAUUGGUCAUGGCACUUUUCGAGACACUUUUGGCAUCAAUACCGCAGAUAUCACGGGUUAA